GGGUACUGAUGUGUAUCGUCUGAAAUUAAGGAGCUACUAAUACCAGUAUCAAAGUACCGCUUAACCCAAAUUGACCGCUGUUCGAAUCGACGACAAGAUUCUUUCGGUCGAUUAAUUAAUUCCGCUUCUUCUCGCGGUUGACAGGAAAAGUCUUCGUCCUUCCCUCCAUGCCCGAAGAGCCACCGCCGGAUCUAGGGUUUCUCCAAUGGAAACCCUAACACCAGUGCCACAGUCCACGCGGCGGCGUAGCCUUCUCUGCCACCAGAUCUCCGUCCUACUCCUCACCUUCUCCGCCUACGCCACCUUCCACGCCUCCCGCAAGCCCCCCUCCAUCGUCAAAUCCGUCCUCGGCCCCGAGGUCGCCGCCUCCAACUCCUCCGCUGCCGCCGCCGAUGCCGGAUGGCCUCCCUUCGACGGUCCCCACGGCCCCCAUCGCCUGGGCGAGCUCGACCUCGCCUUCCUCUCCUCCUACUCCGCCGGCAUGUUCCUCGCCGGCCACGUCGGCGACCGGAUCGACCUCCGCCGCUUCCUCGCCUUUGGCAUGCUCGGCAGCGGCGUCUCUACUGCCGCCUUCGGAAUGGGCUACUGGUGGGGCAUCCACCGACUUGCCUUCUUCCUCGCCGUCCAGAUCGUCAGCGGCCUCUUCCAGUCGAUCGGGUGGCCCUGCGUCGUCGCUGUGGUCGGGAAUUGGUUUGGGAAGUCGAAGCGGGGGCUUAUCAUGGGGGUUUGGACCUCCAACACGUCGGUGGGGAACAUCCUCGGCUCCGUGGUGGCUUCCUCGGUCCUCGAGUUCGGGUGGGGGUGGUCGUUCGUGCUGCCAGGUGUUCUCAUCAUCGUCGUCGGCGCAUUUGUUUUUGCGUUCUUGGUGGUGGAUCCAAGAGAUCUGGGUUUUGAAUCUCCGGCCAUGGAUAUUGAGAUGAAUGAUGCCGGUAAUGGAGUGGUGGAAAGCGCCGAUGAGACAGAUGGGGAAGAUGUUGGUCUUCUUGAAUCAGAGGAAAAUUCCGGUCUGGACUCAAAAGAAGCUGAUUUGGACUCAAAAGCAGCCAUUGGUUUCUUGGAGGCAUGGAGGCUGCCCAGCGUGGCGCCCUACGCUUUCUGCCUUUUCUUCUCCAAGCUUGUGGCAUACACUUUCCUCUAUUGGUUGCCAUUUUACAUUCGGCAAAAUGCUGUUGCUGGCAAGCACUUAUCACACAAAACUGCGGGAAUCCUUUCAACAAUAUUUGACAUUGGAGGGGUUUUUGGUGGCAUUUCAGCAGGAUUCAUUUCGGAUAGUCUUGGUGUUCGUGCUCUGACUUCAGUUCUAUUCCUUUUGUUUUCAAUUCCAUCACUUAUUCUUUAUCGAAUGUACGGAAGCAUAUCAAUGCACCUCAACAUCGGAUUAAUGUUUCUUUCCGGCUAUUUUGUGAAUGGCCCAUAUUCGCUUAUUACCACAGCUGUUGCAGCUGAUUUGGGUACUCAGGACAUGAUUAAAGGCAAUUCACGAGCAUUAGCUACUGUAACAGCCAUUAUUGAUGGUACAGGUUCUGUUGGGGCAGCUUUGGGACCUUUACUUACAGGGUAUAUUUCAACUAGGGGAUGGAACAGUGUUUUCUUGAUGCUAAUUCUGUCAACUUCUCUAGCAAUCAUGUUUUUGAUACACAUUGCAAAAGCUGAGGUUGUAGAACUUGUUGAUGAAUUCAAAUCCCCUUGCAGAAUGGUUGGACUGAAUAUUCAAUGAUGACUGGCAAUCAUCUGAAUUACAUUUCAGGCUGCCCAAUCUUGCCUCAUUGCUCAGAUCCUCACAGCAAUUCCAGAGAGGAUGUCAGGAUGGAGGUCUGUUGAUCACCUCUGCUUGCAGGCUGUCUUCUCAUAAUUCUGUGGUAGAACUCAGCUACAUUCUUAUGGGUCAUAUUACAAAUAUCUUUUUCUGUUUACAUGGACUGUUAAACUAGAAGCUCACAUCCAACAAUGUCAAGCCAAGGAAAAUACUCAGUUCAUCUUGAAGGUAAGUGGUUUAUUUCUUGCUUAAAUUCGAGGAUCUCUGACCUGGAGAAGGGUUGAGUUGUAAAAAUGCAAGACUCUGUUUCGAUGCCUAAUACCAUUCUGGGAAAUUAUCAUUUUUGUCAGUUGUUUCAUUUUCAAAAUUUGAGACAUAAUUUUUGUAAAACAAAAAUAAUUACAUAGCCUCAUGCAUUUCUACGUCAGAAGCAUUUGCUUGUCC